AUGUGUGAUAAGGCUUUGAAAGGAUGUUUCUACAAAAACUGUACGUUGUAUGUUGGAGAAUACAUCCUUUCAGAGGAGCUGAGAAAUGAUGAAAUAUUAGACGGAAAUGUAAUCGAUUUGGAUGUGAAAAAAAAUGAUUUAUUGCAAGGUGGUGAGAAGAAGGUAACGAAUAAAUUAUCAAAGAAGGAUGAAGUGUAUAGAGAAAUAUUGGGUAUGGGUAAAAAUGAAGAAUCAAAUGAUUAUAUAAGAAAAGACAACUCAGGAUAUGACCAUGGGGCGAAUGACAAAAUUGAAGAAAAGGAAAAAUACAAAGGAGGAAGAGGCUUAAUUUUUCAUGGGAAAGGAAAGUAUAUUAAGGCAAAUGAAAUGUUCGUUGGAGAUUUCGAAAAUAAUAAAUAUAGAAAAGGCAUAUGGGUAAAAUAUAAAAAUAUACACAACUUGUUUUACUACAUGAAUAUACAUCAUAUGAUGUGUAAAGAAAAUAAUGAAAUAAAACAAAAGUAUACCAAAAAUUUCAGAAAUUUUUUAUAUGUACCUUUAAGAGAAGUUAACAUAUACAUAGGAGAAUUUCAUAACAAUAUGUUCAAUGGAUUUUCCUUAUACUACUUUUAUCCCUUUUUAUAUGUGGGGUACUUUAUAAACAAUUUAAUGAAUGGUUAUGGAUACAUGUUUUACAUUAAUUCCGUUCACGAAACAGUGGGAAGUGAAAGGAAAAAAGAGAAUAUAGUUAUAUCUAAUAAUUUAUUCGAUUUUUCAUUUCUACCGGAUGGGAAAAAAAAAGAAAAAAAAAAAAAUAUUAAUAAUUCUGAACAGGUACGAAAAGGCGGAAAAGAAGGAAAACUACAUGUCCCAAAUGAAAAAAAUGUAGAUGGUGUUAAAAACUGUCUAGGAAAAGAGGACAUAUGUAAAGGUCUACUAUUCAAUGUGUACAAAAAAUUGGAGUCUAUGAUUAAGAACGAGAAUAGGUUUUGCAAGGGGGAAGAAGAUGAUCAUCAGGGGGGAGAAAAUAUACUUGGUGAUAAUAUAAAACAAGGCAAUAGAGAUAUGAAGAUAGAUCACCCUUCCCGUGAACCAAAUAUCAUAGAGGAACUGAAAAAAGACGUUUUUAAAAAUUUCAAAUUACAAAUUAGUAGAAAAAACAAAAUAAAUAGAAUAAAAAAAUUUCUCAACGAAAAUGAGAAACAAAACUUUUUUGAUAUUUUCAAAUAUAUAUCUUAUGAACAUUUAAUUUUCCAGGGUUACUUUUAUAAUAAUCACUUUUCAUCUACUACGGGUAAACAGGAAUUAUAUAAGAAUUUAUUCAUACAAAUGUAUGAACAAAUUAUCAUCAAAAAAAUAAAUUCUUUUAGGAAUAACAUAGUUAAAGGAAUGAUACCUCAAGACUUGUGCAUAAAUGAAGAUACUAUUUUGUACGUAUUGGAAAAAGAAGAAGAAAAAAAAAAAAAGUUUCCUGAUGUGGUGAAAGAACAUUCGGACUCGCAGAUGGGAACAACAAAUGAUACUCCAAAUAAUGAACAAAUUCAUCUAGUGGAUGAGAAAACUGAUCGUGAACAAUAUCAUAAAGUACGGGAUAAGAGCUUAUGCAAUGUUAAUGUGCGAUAUGGAAGGACGCAAGAUGGAAAGACACAAGAUGGAAAGAUACAAGAUGGAAAGAUACAAGAUGGAAAGAUACAAGAUGGAAAGACACAAGAUGGAAAGACACAAGAUGGAAAGAUACAAGAUGGAAAGAUACAAGAUGGAAAGACACAAGAUGGAAAGACACAAGAUGGAAAGACACAAGAUGGAAAGACACAAGAUGGAAAGACACAAGAUGGAAAGAUACAAGAUGGAAAGAUACAAGAUGGAAAGAUACAAGAUGGAAAGAUACAAGAUGGAAAGACACUUAGCAGAAAUAUGACAAAUGAACGUUACAGAGACAUUGUAGAUCUGAACCUUCUUAGACAUAUGUUCGAGGCCACUGAAGACAACAAUGUAGAAUAUGGAAUAGAAGUAGUUAAAGACAAUAAAAUUCUAAAAUAUAUGAGCAGGUGUGAUGAAUUAAAAAUGGAUGGAGAGAAAAAUUACUUAGAUAAGGCUACGCUAAAUUUAAAUGGGCAUUAUCAAUUGGUAGUUAUCAAUAUUAAAUGUAAAGAAGAUAAAUCAUUAAACUUAAAUACUAACAAGUGUAACAUCCAAAAUAUUUAUAAAAUAAAAAUGUUUUUAAUCUCUUCUGAUAAAUCGUCUAUAAUAACCCAUAACAUGUUUUUCUUGUAUUACAUUCAUGUAUAUAUUAGAAAUCCGGUUAAAAAGGAGAAAACUAAAAUAAGGAAAAAGAAAAAUUAA